AUGGAUGAUCUGGAUGAAUUGGUGACUAUUGACCUCAACAUUUUGCAAAUGCCUGAUGCGGAAUCAACACAAUCUUGCGACAAUAAGCUACAUCUAUUCAAUGAAGAUUUAGCAUUCAUUGAUCAGACUAUUGAUAAUCUAGAUAAUGAAAUCAUUGAUCAAUAUCAUUCAGAUUACACCUAUAAUAUGGCUAUUGCUCCAUUGGCUGAGGAAAACAACUUCUACACUUGUUCCCGACAUAAUAUAGGCGAAGGAUUCAAGUUCGCGUCGGGCAAGAAGGUACAGGCUAAUAGUGAACAACUUAAGAAAGCUAAGGAUUUUCUUGGUAUAACUGAUUUUGCUCUUCCUCGCUCCUGUGGAGAAGUGAUAUCUAUCGCUGGCUCGCUAGAUUCAGUUAAUGCGGCGGAUGAGAAGCCACCGCAUACAUCAUCAUUUAAAUUUUCAUUAGACCAUAUUAUAUCACCAAAUAUUGCUACAUACGCAAGGCCGAAUUGUUGUAGCAUUUCUGAUUCAUCAAAUACUGAAUGUGUUGCAACAACGUACGAUCUCGGAUUAAAAAGCGUACCUUCCGAAAAUGAAGCGAUUGGCAUUAUUGAAGAUGAUACUAGCUUGAAUACCCAGGUAUAUAAGCGUGCCAGUUCAGAUAGUACCCAAUCCUGUAAUAAUAUAAAUAAAGAUUCAAUUACAAUUGAAUUCGAUAUAACGCACUUGAAGAAUAGAAUGAUCAAUCGUCCUACCAAAUCCACAGAGGUCAAUACUACAAACUAUCCUACUACCGAAAAUAUUACUAACAAUAAUAGUGGAUUUGAUGGGUUUUCCAGCGCUAGAUCUUGUUUCAUUAGAGGUUCAUCAUUUGGUUCUUGCGAACUAAGUGUCCCUUAUCAUACUCAAAAUAAACGAUGUUAUACGGAUAAUGAUAGCAGAUUCGUGACUAAUUGGCUAAAAUUUACCGAUUGUACCAUAGGAAAGUUAACAUUUGACAAAUUGAUUGAUCAUUGGCACGAUACAAGUAAUCCGUUAACCAUUAGAUAUAAUGGUAUAUAUGAUUACAAAUUUAUCACACCAAACUCGCAAAUCAAGUGUUAUCAUAUAGGAGGAAUAUCCGACAUACGAGAAUCAUUCAAAACAAUAUCUAACUGCAAUUAUACGCCUGAUUUAACCAAAUGGGUUACACACCAUUUUAAAUUACUAGCGUAUAAUGAAUGUCUGAAAUAUCGCAAAAAGAUUUAUAUGCUAAUGAUGUCACAAAAUUAUACAUUGUCUCAGGCAAUUAACAACGUUGAAUUACCAAACCCAUAUCGCUUGCUUAGGAAGUUAUUUAAGCGCCAUGAACGGGAAAUAUUAGGGUCUAGGUCAAUAUUCAAGCUAUUAUUUGAGGGAGAUGAAUCUAGGAACCAAUCUAUAUUGGUUGAGGUCUUGGAUAUUGUAGACGAUGUAAUAUAUGUGUCUGAUGGGAUAUAUUGCAUAACAGCAAAAGCUGAUGAUAUAUGGGUCACUAAAUUGAUCGCUAACAAAUUGCUCCGUCCGGGAAUAAAAAUAAUACUGGAUGAAUUUGUUCGUUCUUCACAAUAUACAUCUAUCACAGCCACUAGCCCACAUUUACUUGCCAAUGAUGAAUACAUUUCAUUCAAGUAUAAUUCAAUAAGGAAGGCAAAAUAUAAUGCUAGGGUUGGAAGGUGCCCAAAGAUUGCAAGGAACAUUUAUGACAUUAAGAUUGGCGGUGGAAACAUAUCUCUAAUAGAUAUAGUUGUACUUAAAGGCCUACCCAAAACAUAUAGUGUCAUUGAUAAACAGGGCAAUAACACCAGUUUUUCACAUGAAGAAUUAGCUUAUAAGUUGGAAAAUGGUCAAAUUAAUUUGGAAGAUUGUGAAAUAGUUUCAUAUAACCAAUACAUAAUCAUAGAUUACUCAUUAUACGCAAGUUUUAAAAGGUUUACAAAUAAAGAAAUUCCUGAUAUAAAUAAAUUCACAAAUAGACUUCACAAUUCUAUCGCAUACUUAUCAUUCAAAAAUAUGUCCGACCAUAUAAAUGAUGAAUUAACAAGGAAACAUUGUAGACUAAAAUUGUCACUAGUUUCUCAUGGAAGCAAACCUAAGUUUUAUCAAAUAGAUCAUUUAAAACACAUAGACCCCGCAGAUGUCGAUCCUAUUGAUUUUUUGAAGUGUAGAUAUCAUUUUUCACAUACCGCCCAAUUGUCGCUGUACAUCAACACAAGGAGCAGAUUGGAAAUGAUAGAACUCACGAAAGAUAAUAUAUUUUCAUUACCAGAGCAAUAUUGUGACAUACCUACUAGUUUAUACACUACAAUAUGUGGAAUACCUGUUCUAUCACUUACACAUUAUACUAUACAGUACCAUAAGUCAUAUCUAACUGAUUAUCAUAUUGAACAAAUGUGCCAGUUAUGCGAUAUUGAGCUUGGUCUAUUUUCAUCAAAACUAUCCAUACUACCUGAGUACACUAGUGAUAAUUACUGCAUUGAUAUAUUACCAGGAUUGGGUGCUAGACAAGAUUGUUCAAUCCUCGGUUUACCACUUUAUGUCACAGAAUUAGAGGAAAAUUUGGCUCUUGGCUUUAGGGACAAUAAAUCUCUCUAUAUAAGGAUAUUCAUACAAACAUUGGCUAUUGAUAUUCUGUGUGUCAAGGUUACUACAUAUACCAGCGAUAGUAGGUAUGAGUGGAACAAAAAACAAAUUUUGAAAUUAAAACAAAAAAUAGAUGGUCAAAUUUCUAUAUAUCGAUCGCAGAUACAUCAUAACAAUAGAAACAGAUGCAAUAACAUGUAUGAAAUGAGUGAUAGAUGGAUUUUACUGGAAAAUUUGAAGUUUGCCAGAUAUGAUGACACAAAUAGGAUAUUCCAAUUCGAAACAUAUCUGGAUAGGUUGAACAUAACACGAGGGAAUAAUAGACAUUUAGAAAUUGAGCAACAAUUUCUAAAUUUAAUUGACAAUAAUAUACAAAUUGCGCGUACGAAUAAGAAGUUGAAUGUAUAUAAUACAUCAAAUAAGCAUGAUAUCUUAGUAAAAUAUACCAAGAUCGUGUUGAAUAAUAUGUUGAGAGUGGGUCAGGUUUGCAGUGCCGACGAGCACUAUAUGAAGCCCUGCAUGGAAUGUUUAUUUGGUACCCCCGAACAAAUAUAA